AUGGCGCAUCUUGAGAACUCUGCUCCCAACGGGACGCCGGGCCCGAAUGCCUCGUACGCCCUGCGAGACUUGCCGAAAUCGAACGUCUUCACCCGGAACCUACCCGCUGAUCCCGCGUUCGCCUCCCCCGCGGAUUCCCACAAUGCACCUCGACAACAGCUCGGACCGCGUCUAGUAAAGGACGCAUUAUAUACAUAUGUACGGCCAGAGAAGACCGAAGAUCCGGAGCUAUUAUGCGUAAGCCAGCGCGCAAUACAGGACAUCGGGCUCAAAGAGGAGGAAGCACAAUCCGAAGAGUUCAAGGAAUUCGUAGCCGGAAACAAAAUCUUCUGGGAUGAAAAAGAGCACGCAGAAAAGGGCGGCAUAUACCCGUGGGCCCAAUGCUACGGCGGCUACCAAUUCGGCCAAUGGGCCGGCCAACUCGGCGACGGCCGCGCAAUCUCCCUGUUCGAAUCCACAAACCCCCAAUCCGGCACGCGCUACGAGAUCCAGCUCAAAGGCGCAGGACGAACGCCCUACUCGCGGUUCGCAGACGGGAAGGCUGUUCUGCGCUCCUCGAUCCGCGAGUUCGUCGUCUCGGAAUACCUCAAUGCGAUUGGCAUACCCACCACAAGAGCGCUGGCCCUCACACUCUGUAAAGACAGCAAAGUCAGGAGAGAAAGAUUGGAGCCCGGAGCCAUCGUAACUCGCUUCGCACAAUCGUGGAUCAGACUCGGCACCUUCGACCUCCCCCGUAUGCGCGGCGACCGCAAAUUGCUCCGCCAGCUCGCCGACUACACCGCCGAGCACGUCUACGCCGGCUGGGAAAACCUCCCCUCCAAACUCCCCUCUGGCGACGCAAAAACAGCACACACCCAGACUAAAACCAGAAUACCAAAGGAUACAGUCGAAGGCGAGGGCUUGGAGGAAGAAAACCGCUAUACGCGCCUCUACCGUGCCAUCCUGCGCGCUAACGCCCUCACAGUGGCUAAAUGGCAGGCGUAUGGCUUCAUGAACGGCGUGCUCAACACGGAUAAUACAUCCAUCUUGGGUCUCUCGAUCGACUUCGGUCCCUUCGCUUUCCUGGAUACCUUUGAUCCGAUGUACACGCCGAAUCAUGAUGACCACAUGCUGCGGUACUCGUACCGGAAUCAGCCGACGAUAAUCUGGUGGAAUAUAGUCCGGCUAGGCGAGGCGCUGGGUGAGCUCAUGGGCGCGGGGAAGGAUGUGGAUUCCGAGACCUUCAUCGAGAAGGGUGUCACGGAGGAGCAGGCUGACGAGCUAGUUAAGCGGGCGGAAGGCAUCAUCGACCGGUGCGGGGAGGAGUACAAAGCCGUCUUCAUGGACGAGUACAAGCGCCUCAUGACCGCACGGCUUGGUCUCAAAUCGCACAAGGAAUCCGAUUUCGAGGACCUGUUCUCCGAGCUCCUGGAUUUCCUGGAGGCGUACGAGCUAGAUUUCCACCAUGCCUUCCGCAGGCUAUCAGCGUUCAAGCUUUCCGAGCUGGAAACGGAGCAGAGCAGGAAAGACGUCGCAGGCCGCUUUUUCCGCUCCGGCGAAGCACCGCGUCAGGAAGCCGAGAGCCGCGAGCGGACAGCGAAGUGGCUCGAGAAAUGGGGCGCUCGCGUCAAGGAAGACUGGGGUGAGGGGAAGGACGAGGCGCGGCAGGCUGCUAUGCAUAGGGUGAAUCCAAAGUUUGUCCCCCGCUCCUGGAUCCUCGACGAACUGAUCGAGCGCGUGGAGAAGAAAGGAGAGCGGGACAUCCUGCCCGAGAUAAUGAAACUUAAUCUGAAUCCGUUCAACGAGCAUUGGGGAUGGAAUGAGGGUGAGGAAGAGAGGUUCUGCGGCGAUGUGCCAAAGUAUAAGGGCAUGAUGCAGUGUAGUUGUAGUUCGUAG